CAACACGCCCAGCAGCAGCAGCAGUGUCCUGCCACUGUAUAAAAGCCCUCAGUCACCGUUCAGGGAGUACGGAGGAAUCUCAACCCCCUCAGGUGUAUCUGUCUAUCCAACAACCAUGAAGUCUGUAGCUCUGAUCCUCGCUCUGGCAGUCAUCACUGUCUGCAAUGCCCGUGUUGUGCUCCAGGCUGAUGCCACCCCACAAAACUGGGAGCAAACUGUGGAUCGUUUCUGGCAGUACGUCGCUGACCUGAACCAGAAAGCUGAUGGAGUCGUGCAGGACAUCAAGGUCUCCCAGCUCAGCAGGGAGCUAGACACUCUGAUCAGCGACAGCAUGGCAGAGCUGCAAACAUACAGAGAUGACAUCCAGACCAAACUGUCUCCUUACACCGAAAGCUCCACCGGUCAGAUGACUGAGGACCUGCAGCUCCUGGCCAACAGACUCCAGAAGGACAUGCUGGAUGCCAAGGAGCGCAGCACUGAGUAUCUGGGUGAGCUGAAGACCAUGGUGGAGCUGAACACCGAUGACGUACGCACCCGCAUCAGCAGCUACACCCACAAGCUGAAGAAGCGCCUGAACAAGGACGCUGAGGAGAUCCGCAACACUGUGUCCAACUACAUGGGUGAGAUCCAGUCCCGCACCUCCCAGAACCUGGAGACAGUGAAGGAGAAUGUUGAGCCCUACGUCCAGCAGGCCAGUGACACCGCUAGCAAGAAGCUGACUGACAUCUCCACCAUUCUGAAGAGCCAGGCUGACAUCUUGACCAUGCAGAUGGAGAGCCAGGCUGAGGGUAUCAAGACCCAGCUGGAGGCCACCGCCAAGGAACUGCGCAGCUCCCUGGACAGCAAGAUGGACGAGCUGAGCGAGAUAAUCUCCCCCUACGCCACCCAGAUCCGUGAGCAGAUUGAGAACAUCAUGGAAAAGGUCAAGGAGACUGCCUCUUCUUAAUACCCUGACAAAGAGGGAGGAAAGCAGGGAGUUGAGAGUUACAGUUGAUAUCUUCACUUGGGUGCUCCAUUGUUCAGGAUGAGGGGGGUUGAUGAGAUGAAGGAAGGAGGAUGAGGUCUUUGCAGAACAGUCAGCAGAUAAACGUCUGUUUGUGCUCUUCUGCGGUCCCCCUUUCUUCUCUCAUCAACUCCCCUGAUCACUGAACAUAAGCAAUAACAACCUUUAAUACACAAGCAGGAGACAAUUAUUUGCAAUAUGCUUCACUUUUCUACUCCUAACUGUUCUGUUCAAGGUUUUAAACAUUUCGUUGUGCUUGGAUUCCAGCCUGUAUUAUCCCAUAAUACACCAAAGUGUCUUUCAUUUCAAUAACUGCACUGAAUUAUGAUGAUCAAAAGAUGGGGGGGGGGGGCACAUACAGUUCAGAUGUGUCUGCUCGUGUUUUCUAGAUGUGAAGCACUAAAGAUCCCGUCUGUAUCGUCUGCAUUCUUCUUGUGCUUCACAGAGGAGGUGAAUGUAAAAUGUCACAAUGCAUUUCUUACAAUCAGUGAGUGCAAUGCUGCCUGUGUGUUCUUUAGUCUGACUGUCCCUUGUGUGUCACAUGCCCACCAUGCUGCUCACUGUAAGUGCACCGUGUGCUGAACAGUGCUGAGUGAAUAAAGAACCUAGAAAAUA